AUGGACUCUUCUUCACUUCAAGCUCUGCAGCCCUUACUCUCGUGCUUCAUGGUUGCUCUCAUUUUCCUUGUCAUGACCUUCUUCAGUCACUCACGCCCAAAACUUCCAUACCCACCCGGCCCAAAAGGCUUACCGUUGAUAGGAAACAUGCUGAUGAUGGAUCAGUUAACUCACCGCGGACUAGCCCGGCUUGCCAAGCAAUACGGCGGCCUGCUUCACCUCAAAAUGGGUCGAAUACACACGGUGGCCGUGUCCACCCCAGACAUGGCACGAGAAGUCCUCCAAGUCCAGGACAACGCCUUCUCAAACCGUCCAGCCACUACGGCCAUAAGCUUCUUGACCUACGACCGAGCCGACAUGGCAUUUGCCGACUACGGCCCGUUUUGGCGCGAGACACGUAAGAUUUGUGUCAUGAAGCUGUUCAGUCCGAAACGGGCCGAGUCGUGGCAAUCGGUAAAUGAAGAGGUGGAUUGGUUGAUGGGGACCAUAUCGGCCAAGGUUGGAUCCUCCGUCAAUGUGGCCGAGUUGGCGCUUGCUUUGACAAAAACCAUAACCUAUCGGGCUGCGUUCGGGUCGAUAUCACGUGAAGGACAAGACGAGUUCGGGAAGAUUAUAGAGGAGUUUUCGAAGCUCUUUGGGGCUUCUACUAUUGGGGAUUUUAUACCAUGGUUGGGUUGGAUUUGUGGACAAAAAUUCAACGAGAGGCUUAUCAGUGCUCGAAGAUCGCUUGAUGAGUUUAUCGGCAAGAUCAUCGACGAUCACAUGGCGAAGAAAAAGAUUAGCAAUCUCAACAACUGCUUAGAUGAAGUUGAUACAGAUAUGGUGGAUGAGCUACUGAAAUUUUACAAGGAAAAUUAUUUUGAAAAUGAAUCCAAAGAUUUACAGUUCUCCUUUAAGGUCACUAGAGAUAACAUCAAAGCUCUAAUCAUGGAUGUGAUGUUCGGUGGAACGGAAACCGUGGCAUCGGCGAUCGAGUGGUGCAUGGCGGAGCUAAUGAAGAACCCGGCGGACCUCAAGAAGGUGCAACAAGAACUCUCCAACGUGGUGGGCCAAAACCGCCGAGUCCACGAGUCUGACCUCGUGAAGCUCACGUACCUCAAAUGUGUCAUCAAAGAGACCCUUCGGCUCCACCCGCCGAUCCCGGUACUCGUUCACAAGACCGCCACGGAUUGCACGGUGGCCGGGUACAAAAUUCCGGCCAAAUCACAUGUCAUGAUCAAUGCAUGGGCAAUCGGUCGCAACAAAGCCGCAUGGGACAAUCCCGACACGUUCAAGCCAUCUAGGUUUCUUCAUGGUGAUGCCCCGGAUUUUACAGGAAGCAAUUUCCAACUCAUACCAUUCGGGUCAGGACGUAGGUCCUGCCCGGGCAUGAAACUUGGACUGUAUACACUGGAGCUGACAGUGGCACAACUUUGUCAUUGCUUUACAUGGGAGUUACCUGAUGGUAUGAAACCCAGUGAACUUGAUAUGAAUGAUGUGUUCGGGUUCACCUCUCCGAGGGCGAUUCAACUCGUUGCCGUACCGAGUCAUCGCCUGCAAUGUUAA